AUGGACUCGUCGGAGAUCGAAGUAGUGCCUCUAGAUUCAAAUUCUCACCAAAACCUCACCGAAUCGCCAGCCAUCACAGACGUCUUCUCCGCCUCUGCCUACGGCGAUCUCCACCAGCUCAGACACUUCGUCGAACUUAACAAUUCUUCCGUUUCUCUUCCCGACACUAACGGCUACUACGCUCUCCAAUGGGCUGCGCUUAACAAUUCCCUCGACGUUGCUCAAUACAUCAUCGAGCACGGAAGUGAUGUUAACGCAGCUGAUAACAUACAGCAGACACCGUUGCAUUGGGCAGCUGUAAAAGGCUCCAUUGGUGUUGCAGAUCUUCUACUGCAAAACGGAGCUCGAAUUGAAGCCGCUGAUGUGAAUGGAUUCAGGGCAGUGCAUAUUGCUUCUCAAUAUGGACAGACAGCCUUCUUGAAUCACAUUAUUGUGGACUAUUCAGCUGACUUCAACGCAUUAGAUCAUGGAGGGAGGAGUCCGUUACAUUGGGCUGCUUUCAAUGGAUUCACAGAAACAAUCCGGUUACUUCUCUUCCGGGAUGCAUGUCAAAAUAGACAAGACCACGCAGGCUGCACUCCAUUGCACUGGGCCGUGAUUAAGGAAAAUGUUGAGGCUUGUGCUCUGCUAGUUCAUGCUGGAACGAAGGAGGAACUGACAUUGAAAGAUAACGCUGGAGCCACGCCACUUAAACUUGCAACUGAUAAAGGUCACAGGCAGCUCGUUCUUUUCCUAGCGAAGGCAAUGAAGGCUCAUAGUAGUAAUAGCAUUGUGGACAAGAUCUUCUGUGGAAAAUUAGGAGAGUCAAGCUAUGCUCCUAUGUUGUACUCCUUAAUAGUCAUUCUUAUGAUCCUCUUCUUCACGUCCGUUGUUGCAGCUUCUAAUCUCCCAAGAAUAACUGCUAUGGUUGGACUGUGGGCAUGUUUUGGUCUUUCAACUGGCGUUUGCUCACUGAUAGUUUUCCAUCGUUGUAGCAGCAAAGAUCCUGGAUAUGUUAAAAGAACCAAUGAAGUUGACGGUGAUCAGUCUGCAAAAGAUCCUUUGAUGGAUAUCAAUUUCAACAACCCAUCAUGGAAAGGAAACUGGUCCCAACUCUGCCCAACUUGCAAGAUAAUUAGACCGGUGCGAUCUAAGCACUGUCCCACCUGUAAGCGCUGCGUUGAGCAGUUCGACCAUCACUGCCCCUGGAUUAACAACUGUGUUGGCAAGAAGAAUAAACGCGACUUCUUACUCUUUGUGAUCCUGGGAGCUGUAACAUCGUUCGUCGGUGGCACAACCGCUGUUCAAAGAAUAUGGUUAAGCAUCCCACAUUUGCACCGCAGAGAAUCAUGGUUUCAACACUUAGUCGCUGAACAUCCAGGUGCUGCUGUGUUCCUGUUUUUCGACUUGCUUAUUUUCACUGCGACAAUGACGUUGACAAUCUCACAGGCCUAUAUGAUAGCUAGGAACAUUACGACCAACGAGUUAUGGAACGCGAAAAGAUUCAGUUAUCUGCAGGGGCCUGAUGGGAGAUUCUACAACCCUUAUAACCACGGCUGGUUACGGAACUGCUCUGAUUUCUUGGUUCGUGGUUACACCAGAGACGACGAGGUUGUCCCGUCUUCAAUUCUCUGA